AUGUGUGGUGCAGAUAUUUUCCUGGCUAUUCUUGCAGUCUUCUUUCCGCCCAUUGCUGUAUGGAUUAAGGUUGGCCUAUGCACUGCGGACUCGAUAAUCAACAUUGCUCUAUGUUGUCUCGGAUAUGUACCCGGACUCCUUCACGCCUGGUACAUCAUUAUGAAAUACCCAGACCCCGAAGAAUACGCAGAAGGCUACGAGCGAGUCGACGCGGAAGGUAGGGACGUCGAGAACGGCCGUCGCGUAACGUACUACUACGUUAGCCAUCAGGCGCCGGCUCCUCCCCAGUCGGAAAGACGAUAUGGCGCGACAGACAACACUUCGGCUCCUCAGGUUCCAUCACACACCAGACCCGGAAACAGCAGUGCUGCACCAAACGAGUCUUCUAGUGCCCAUCCGCCUACUUAUGCCGAGGCUGUUAAAGGCGACCACAAAGUGCAGACCCAAGAUUAA